UUAACAGCAUUCCCUGUGCUGAUGGCAAGCUGGGUUAGUGGGAGAGCCUGAGGCUGUGGGAAGGUAAAUAGCAUUUGCUCACUGUAGAGGCAGCCAACGCUUUUAGCAGAGGUCACAGGCACUUAGCCGUGUUUUGCUGCACUCCUGCUGUGUCCCUAGUUCCACCACUUACCUAAAGACUUGAAAAUUGGCAAAUUUAUCUGCUUUUUUCGAAGUGUGGCUCGGUCCAAAGGCUGCCUGUGUGAUGUUAGUAAUAGCCAAGCAAAGCGCAAUUUGUACCACGGUGUUAGUGGGAAUUGCUUUGGAAAGCAAUUUCAAAGAGCUUUCCAAGCAGUCAGCACAGACACAGCGAUGGAAGCCAGCAAGGUUUUCUGGACCAAGCCAUACCUCUGCCCAGCAGGGGACCAGUCGCAUGGGAAGAUCCAAGAUUUUGGCUCCCUGCCCCGAGCCCACCAGAGGUGUCAGCCCCAGCCAGUCCUCCAGCGUGGACCUCUCCUACAUCCGCCAGGGAGAAAGGGCCCUGCAGCGAGCACUGAGCAUCCUGCAGCAGCACACCAGCUGGCAGGCAGAGCCCGUGCUGGACACCAGUGCCGCCGUGUCCAGCGCUGCCCUCCCCGGGCUCGGCAGGGUGUUUCGGGCAGAGGUGGUCCUGGCCGUGCCAGUGGCACAGCUGCACCAGGAGCUGUUUGAGAGGAUGGAGCAGAUGCCCCAGUGGAACCCGAACCUCAGCCAGGUGAAGGUGCUGCGGCGCGUCGGGACGGACACGCUGGUGACACACGAAGUCACCACUCCCAGCCCGGGCAACCUGGUGGGGCGGCGGGACCUGGUCAGCGUGCGGCACCGCGGGAGGAGGGGCGCGGCCACCUACCUGGUGGGCACUGCCACCCGCGCCGAGCCGCUGCCCCCGCAGGAAGGGUGCAUCAGGGCCGAGUCCCGGCUCAGCUGCAUCGUCCUGCAGCCCCUGGCGGGGGACCCCGGCCGGACCCGCCUCACCUGGCUCCUGAGCAUGGACCUGAAGGGCUGGAUCCCCGCAGCCGUGCUUCACCGUGUCCUGCCACAGUCCCAAGCCGACUUCAUCGAGCACCUCCACCGGCACCUCUCUGCCACCGCGGGGCCCUGAGCUGCGAGAGACGGGCUCUGCCCGGGCAGGAGCGAAGUGCCCAGAGCUGGAGACUCAUUCCUGGUUCAAAGCAAGGCUGGAUGGGGCUCAGAGCAACCUGGUCUAGUGGAAGGGAGUUGGAACAAGAUGAUCUUUAAGGUCCCUUCCAACCCAAACCAUUCCAUGAUUCUCCACUCAUUCAUUGCCAGUGAUGGGGUGAGACAGUGCACCCACCAAGCAACCCUGGGCACAGAGAACACAUUCUCUUCUCCUAGCACCGUGCUUCUGCUUCAAGGACGGAGUGGAGCAUCCAAAAGAUGGGAAAACCAAGGCUGCACUAAGCCUUGCACGAGGAGUUACCUAAAAACCCCGGCAAAAGCAGCUGGUGUUCAGCAUCAUAUAGGAGCAGCUUUUUGGCCUGAACUAGCAACACAUCAAUAUUUAUUUUUGCAGUGGCCAAACCACCUAUUUAUGUGUGUGUGUAUAUAUAUACAUAGAGGUUUUUCCCCUGCUCAAAACAGCAAUGUGAAAUUCUGGCUGACAAAGAGGAGUGGCUGGGUUGAAAUAACGUAAAAUAAAUCCAUUUCAAUAACCAUUUGUAUUUCCCCCAUCACACACCCACCCCACAAAUAAAUUAGCAGCAAGA